GUUAAACCUCUUUUACAACUUGGACGACGAUUCUCCUUCUGACCUUGCUCUGGCGCCGCUUCUUCUCCUUCCUCGUGUUGUUUCGUUUCUAAUCGUCAAGCUCAUCUCAUUAACAACAAAGGAAAACCCUAAACUCGUGGGCUUUUGUUCAGUAGCACAAUGGGUCAGGAGAAGGACCUGAAGAAGAAGAGGAAGAAGAGAAGUAGAAGCAACGAGAAGAGUGUUGAGCUAGUAGUAGCUGAUGAAGCGAAGCAGAUUCAACAACAGCAACAAGGACAAGAGAAAGUGAUAGCUAAUGAAGAAGAUAUUCAGAAGCCGAAGCAGCAACAACAACAAGGGAAUUGUAAUCCAAACAAGAAGAAGAAGAAAAGCCAAGAGUCCUAUCCCUUCGGAAACUACAAAAACUACUACGGCUAUCGAAUAAGCAAUGAUAUGGAUGAGGAUCCUCGUCUUAAAGUGUUGAAGAAAGAAUGGUUUCAAGGCAAGGACUGUCUUGACAUCGGCUGCAAUAGCGGCAUCAUGACUAUCCAUAUUGCUAAUAAGUUUGGUUGCCGGAGCAUUCUUGGAGUUGAUAUUGAUUCAAGUCGCGUUGGGGAUGCUCAGUGGCAUCUUAGGAAUUUUGUUAGGAAGCAGAAUCACGCCAAGGCAGGUGAAAAGAAAUCUAGUUCAGAUGGAGUAGUACAUGGUUCAGAGUUGCAAUCUAUUUCUCUCUCUAAUGGUGAAGUCAAGACAAGCAGCGCAGAAGCUAGAGACCUGUUCCAGAUUGUGUCGUUUCAGAAAGAGAAUUUUGUUCACACCCGAAGCCUUGACAAGAAUCGUUAUGAUACAAUUCUUUGUUUGAGUGUGACAAAAUGGAUUCAUUUGAACUGGGGUGACGAUGGUUUGAUCACCUUAUUUUCGAAAAUCUGGCGUCUUCUAAAUCCGGGUGGUAUUUUCGUAAUGGAACCUCAGCCUUGGAAAUCUUAUGAAAAGAAUCGUCGUGUCUCAGAGACAACUGCAAUGCAUCACCGAACCAUUGUCUUACGUCCAGAACAUUUCCAAGAAAUACUUCUUGAUAAGAUUGGGUUUAGAACAGUGGAAGAUCUUACAUCAAGCUUGUCUGGCGUAAGCAAAGGAUUUGAUAGACAGAUCCUUGCAUUCCAGAAAUGAACAUAACAGAUGACAUACUGAAGAGGAAGACCAAGUUGUUCUUUUUUUAUAAGCGGUGAAAUUCAAUGUAGUUUGCGAUUACAUGUCUGAACACAAGAUGUGAAUGGAACAACUACAAGAAUAUGCAAUGGCCUUUUUGGUACUGCUUAGGUUCUCU